AUGUCUAACAUUGCAAAAGUUCUUUCUAGGAGGCUGGACAGAGGAGAAGUAGUGGGAACAAACAAGAAGGCGAUUCCUUUCAACAAGCAGGACUACCAGAGCCUGAAGCAGGAGUGUCUGGCGAAAGGAACCCUGUUCUGUGACCCAACCUUCCCUGCUGAAUCCAACUCUCUGGGAUACAAUAAACUCGGGCAGCAGUCCCCCAAGACCAUAGGAGUGGAGUGGAAGAGACCUAAGGAACUCUGCUCAAAACCUCAGUUCAUUGUGGAUGGCGCCGAGCGGACAGACAUCUGCCAGGGAGCUUUAGGUGACUGUUGGUUGUUGGCGGCUAUUGCAUCUUUGACUCUGGAAAAAGAAAUUCUGGAACGUGUAGUAAAAAAAAGACACAAUGUUUUAUUUAUUUAUUUAUUCUGGCAGUACGGUCAAUGGGUGGAUGUUGUCAUUGAUGACCGGCUGCCUACCAGAUUUGGGAAGCUGCUGUUUGUUCAUUCAGCCGAGGGCUCUGAGUUCUGGAGUGCUCUGAUGGAAAAGGCGUAUGCAAAGUUAAAUGGCUCAUAUGAAGCUCUGGCGGGAGGUUGGUCCACUGAGGGUUUUGAAGAUUUCACAGGGGGCAUCGCUGAGAACUAUGACCUGAAUACAGCUCCUCCACACCUGUUUAAGCUCAUGCAGAAAGCACUGAUGCUGGGAUCAUUACUGGGCAGCUCCAUUGUUAAUACCAGUUCACAUGAGACAGAGCCGGUGACGAAUCUGAAGCUGGUGAAGGGUCAUGCCUACUCCAUCACAGGUGCAGAGGAGGUUCAUUCCUACGGCCGUCAGGUUCAGCUGGUGCGUAUCAGGAACCCGUGGGGUAGGGUGGAGUGGUCGGGCCCUUGGAGUGACAAUUCCAAAGAGUGGAACAGUGUGAAACCAGAGGAGAAAGCUAAACUGGUUCAUUCAGCUGAAGAUGGAGAGUUCUGGAUGGCGUAUUCGGACUACAUACAGCACUUCUCGAAGUUGGAGAUCUGUAAUCUGACUCCAGACACUCUUUCAAGCAAAGCUGUGAGCCGUUGGAACUACAACCAGUUUGAAGGUGACUGGAAGGUGGGAUCCACCGCAGGGGGCUGCAGGAACAAUCCAGCAACAUUCUGCUCAAACCCUCAGUUUGUGAUCAAGCUGGAGGAACAAGAUGAUGAUCCUCUUGAUGGAGAGGACGGCUGCACGAUCCUAGUGGGUCUGAUGCAGAAAGAUGUUCGUAAAGACAAGCGGUUUGGACGAGACCUGAACGCCAUUGGCUGUAAUAUCUAUAAGGUUCCAAAUGAGUUCAGGGGUCGCAAUAACAUUCAUCUCGGUCCUGAUGUACUGCUGCGUCAGCCGUCCGUUGCAGGGAUCAACUUCACCUACCUGCGAGAGGUAAGCGAGCGCUUCAAACUGCCUCCGGGUGAAUACAUCAUCAUCCCCUCCACUUUCGAGCCGCAUCGCAAGGGAAGCUUCAUACUGCGCGUGUUCACAGAGAAAGAGGCUGCUGCCAGCCCCAUGGAUACAGAGAUCAGUGCAGAUGUGAAAAAGCAAUACAUAUCAGAGAGUGAUGUGGACCCACAUUUCAAGCAGCUUUUCAAUCAGAUUGCUGGAAAUGACUCGGAGGCGUCUGAGUAUGAACUAAAGCAGAUCCUGGACACUGUUACCUCGACACGGACUGAUGUGAAGACGGAUGGAUUUAGUAUGGAAACCUGUCACAACAUUAUCAGUCUGCUAGAUAGAGACGGCAGCGGCAAACUCGGCCUUGUGGAGUUUCACAUACUGUGGACAAAGAUCCAGAAAUAUUUGGAGGUUUUUAAGAAGCAUGAUACAGACAACUCAGGCACUAUGAGUUCCCAUGAGAUGAGAGAUGCUGUGAAAGAAGCAGGAUUCCAGCUGAACAAUGAUGUACUUCAGGUGAUAAUCUCACGUUAUGCCAAUCAGCAGUACGCCAUUGACUUUGAUUGCUUUGUUGGCUGCCUGAUUCGCCUGGAAAUGCUCUUCAAAAUGUUUAAAACGCUGGAUAAGAAGAACAGCGGGAAAAUGGAGCUGGAUAUCCUGCAGUGGCUCUGCUUGGCCCUCAGUUGAAAAUCCACUCACCAUAACUGCAUCAAAAAUCAGUUCAAUUACUGCAAUUGAACUGAAGAGGAUGCUGCAGACCUGAAAUACCCAAGAGUAACAUCGGAGUAAAAUCAACCAAAUAUGGGUAUUAUCUAAACUUGGAAUUGCUCACAAAAUGUCAUUUAUUUAUGGUACUCAUCUGCUGAAAAAAUUUGCUAUAAUAAAGACAAAUAAAUCACCUUGUUUUAUAUUUGCAAAUUUGGAUAAUUUUAUGUCCCGUUUACAAAUAGUUACCAUAGUAAUAGCAUGGUAAAUUGUUUCUAUCAUAAAAAAUAAAUCAUGAAUUAAUAUAAUAUUGAAUCAUAAUCGCCACUCGCUAUAUUGGAGUGUGUAUUAAUGGCUUCAUUAAUCUCAAUUUAUAUUCUUCUAGUAAGACCAGUUUUGUGCAAAAAAAACAAACGUUAAUCCCUUAACAACUUCCAUCUGAGAAUUACCUUUAUAUCCCAUAUUUUUCCAUCCCAUACUUUAUAUUCCAUCUGAGAAAUACCUUUAAUAUCCUAUUUCCUUCCCAAUUUGAUGAUGCAGUCUUUAAGUUUUUUUUUCCAUUCUUCCAUAUUUUCUACAGAUGAGAUGAUAGAACAUGCUCUACAUUUUC